AUGUACACAAGACACUAAAGAAAGUCCCGGUUUUACACGAACUUAUCUAUUUCUUUUUUACAAUAAUUGAUCGAGAGUGUUCCUUUCGAAAAACUUUCAAAUGUUGUAGUGAACUCGAAUACCAGACGACAGAAAUGGAGCUAAACUGUCUUGGUAGAGAUUGCAACAAGAGGACGUCAGAAUUGUCACGAUGCCAUUGUUUAAAAAGUUUUGCUAUUGUUUUAGUUUAAGAACCGGUGCCCUGGUAGUUGCAUGUUCAAACAUAAUUGUAGAUAUAACUGAUACAGCAUUAACUAUAUAUACUAAAGAUUAUUUCUGCUAUGAAAUGUUGGUAAUCAUGAUAAUUUCCACCAUCUGGAAUAUCUUUUCAGAGAUGAUUCUAAUGACUGCAAUCUUUCGGGCAAAUCCAAAGUUGCUCCCAGUGCACCUGGUGACUUGUCUUGGGAGCCUGAUUUUUCGAAUGAUCAGUCACAUGCUGUCUGCCUCCCUUGGUAGGUCCAACUUCUUACUGGUAACCUAUGCGUUCCUGAUGGUUGGCUAUGUUGCCGCGGACGUGUUGAUCGUGCUGAGCUACUACCACUCGGAGAUCUAGUGGACCGCUCCGAUUACCCAUUAACCCAGGCGGCCGAGCGCAGCAUGUGGCGAUUAGGCGCGAAAAUUUAUUUGGAAAAUGUUGCGCAAUCGGGCCGGGCAUAAAUCGUGGCCAAUUGUCACCAGCGGAUUGGCAACCGAACUCCAGCGACCUGCGUUUAAUUAUCGCCCCGCCAGCGCCCGGCGAGCUACAUGCGUGCUAAUUGACCAGGCUGAGGCCCAGCUCCAAUACGAAUCUGAAUCCGAGUCCCAGUCCAGGUCCCAGUUCCAGUCCAAAUGUCCAAAUGAUAACCGCGACGAUGAAAACGCAUGCUGAGCCAAAUGAAAAUUAUGUUGCAAUCGGUGAGCGUGCUGCCCGCUGGCUGGUCACUGAACCGGGGUUUGCACCACCAUCCAUCCACGGGCCUUAAUUAAUUUCCUUGAUUAAUUGAAAGUGCGCCUUGCUCGCAGUAUUUACGUUUUUUUCUGA